AUGGCCGCCUCUAAGCCUGUGGAGGCGGCAGUGGUCGCAGCAGCUGCACCCAGCUCAGGCAGUGGGGUGGGCGGCGGCCGUGGGUCUGGUCCAGGAACAGGGGGCCUACCGCGAUGGCAGCUGGCACUGGCUGUCAGGGCUCCCUUGCUGCUGGGAGCGGGUGCCAUGUACCUGUGGAGCCGACAACGGCAGUGCUGGGAGACUGGAGGCCUGGGUGACACCAGCAGCUUGAAGCACCACAGCAAGUGGAAGACCCCAGAGGGUAGGGCCAGUCCGGCUCCCGGCAGUGGACACCCCGAAGGUCCCGGUGCUCACCUGGAAAUGAACUCUCUUGAUAGAGCUCAAGCAGCCAAGAACAAAGGCAAUAAAUAUUUUAAAGCAGGAAAACAUGAACAGGCUAUUCAGUGCUAUACCGAGGCUAUUAGUCUGUGUCCUACAGAGAAGAAUGUCGACCUUUCUACAUUUUAUCAAAACAGAGCUGCUGCCUUUGAACAGUUGCAAAAAUGGAAAGAGGUGGCACAAGAUUGUACAAAAGCUGUUGAACUUAAUCCCAAAUAUGUGAAAACUCUCUUUAGACGUGCAAAAGCCCAUGAGAAGCUAGAUAAUAAGAAGGAAUGUUUAGAAGAUGUCACUGCUGUGUGUAUAUUAGAAGAUUUCCAAAAUCAACAAAGCAUGCUAUUAGCUGCUAAAGUUCUUAAACUUCUUGGAAAAGAGAAAGCCAAAGAAAAAUACAAGAAUCGUGAACCUCUGAUGCCAUCUCCACAGUUUAUCAAAUCUUACUUCAGUUCUUUCACCGACGAUAUCAUUUCUCAGCCCAUGCUUAAAGGAGAGAAGUCUGAUGAAGAUAAAGACAAAGAAGAAGAGGCUUUAGAAGUAAAAGAGAAUUCUGGAUAUUUAAAGGUCAAACAGUAUAUGGAAGAAGAAAACUAUGAUAAAAUCAUAAGUGAAUGCUCAAAAGAAAUAGAUGCUCAGGGCAAAUACAUGGCAGAAGCAUUAUUACUACAAGCCACCUUCUACAUUAUUGGCAAUGCCAAUGCGGCCAAACCAGAUUUAGAUAAGGUCAUCAGUUUGAAAGAAGCUAAUGUGAAGCUUCGAGAAAAUGCCCUCAUCAAAAGAGGCAGCAUGUACAUGCAGCAGCAGCAGCCUUUGCUGUCCACUCAGGAUUUUAACAUGGCUGCUGACAUCGAUCCUCAGAAUGCAGAUGUUUAUCACCAUCGAGGACAGUUGAAAAUACUGCUUGAUCAAGUUGAAGAAGCAGUGGCAGAUUUUGAUGAAUGUAUUAGGUUAAGACCCGAGUCUGCUCUAGCACAAGCUCAGAAAUUUUUUGCAUUGUAUCGCCAGGCAUAUAUAGGGAACAAUUCUUCACAAAUCCAAUCAGCUAUGAAAGGUUUUGAAGAGGUCAUAAAGAAGUUUCCAAGGUGCGCUGAAGGUUAUGCACUGUAUGCCCAGGCACUGACAGAUCAACAACAGUUUGGGAAGGCUGAUGAAAUGUGUGAUAAAUGUAUUGAUUUGGAACCAGAUAAUGCCACAACAUAUGUUCAUAAAGGUUUACUUCAACUUCAGUGGAAGCAAGAUCUGGAUAAAGGUUUGGAACUUAUUAGCAAGGCUAUUGAAAUUGACAAUAAAUGUGAUUUUGCAUAUGAAACCAUGGGAACUAUUGAUGUACAAAGAGGAAACAUGGAGAAAGCCAUUGACAUGUUCAACAAAGCUAUUAACCUGGCCAAAUCGGAAAUAGAGAUGGCUCAUCUGUAUUCACUUUGUGAUGCUGCCCAUGCUCAGGCAGAAGUUGCAAAGAAAUAUGGAUUAAAACCACCAACAUUAUAAAACAGUAGGAAAGGAGACUGACCCUAUUUUUAAAAGAAGUUUACCCCCUCUUCAGCUGAACCCUAAAGACACUGUCAUGAACCAUGUUGAAUGGUGGAACUUAGCAUUUCCAUUUGCGCUGUUGUCAUUUGCUACAUCUGUUUCAUGUUAGGUGUUGUGAGUGUGGCUGUUGAAGGAAGUUUGCAGUCAUGCAGCUUUUAUUCCUUGUGCAACAAAAGCUUAGAACAUGUUAAAGGAAUAUUAAAAUAAAGUUGCAAAGAGUACAAAUGAUAAUUGGCCAUGCAAAUAAAAA